AUGCAGCGACAGCCGCAGCCAACCAGCACCAUCGUGCCAGAGACCGUGCCCUCACCGGCCCGCUCACCUGUGUCCCUUCUACAACCUUCCCCUAAACGGAAGUCAAAAUCCUCAAAGGUAUUCCGACUCUUCCGUUCUGCUCUCCGGUCAUUCCCUAUCAUUGCCCCCAACAACUGCAAGCUCCCAACCACCCACCCCCGCAGCGGGCUGCACGACAAGCACAUCCAUGGUGGGAUCCGGAUGACUGGUACACUCUUCGGCUACCACAAGGCUCGGGUUACCCUAGCCAUCCAAGAAAAGCCCAGGUGCCUCCCGAUGCUGCUGCUCGAGCUCACCAUCCCAACCGCCAAGCUCCUCCAAGACAUGGCAUCCGGCCUCGUGCGGAUCGCGCUCGAGUGUGAGAAGCGGUCUGCCGACAAGACCAGGCUCAUCGACGAGCCUGUAUGGACAAUGUAUUGCAAUGGCCGGAAGACGGGCUACGGUGUGAAGCGCGAGCCAACGGACGAGGACCUCAAUGUCAUGCAACUGCUCCACGCCGUAUCAAUGGGCGCAGGUGUGCUCCCUAGCAACGAGGCAGGCUCAUCCAAUGGUGAGCUAACCUACAUGCGGGCCCACUUGGAGCGGGUGGUGGGAUCCAAGGACUCUGAGACUUUCUACAUGCUGAAUACGGAUGGCAACAGCGGGCCCGAACUCAGCAUCUUCUUUGUAAGGAUAUGAUAUUCAAA